AUGGGGGCCGGAGCCGCUUGGACAGGAGCCUUGCCAAAGACGCCCUUAGGAAAAAAUCAGUCAACACGUGUCGAAAGAUACGUCGUGAAGGGCGACUUCUCCCGUGAUAUGUCUAUGUCAACAAGGAGUGCGAUCACGGCGCCACAGCUCCAAGGUCGACGACAGGGGACGACGUCAAUACCUAGCCUUUCCAAAUGUCUACCUCAAUUAAAAUCCCCAUAUAAUCCGUGUCCAUCUGUCAUGGUGAGGAAGAAAAGAACCGGCCCUGGAGAGAGUUCUGGGGAGGCUUCUGGAGCGCCUGGGCAGGGCUCCUCACAGCGUCCUCAGGCAACUCAACAGGGUGCCAGUGGUGGAGGGCAACACCAGGGCCGCGGUGGAUAUCAGGGCCGUGGAGCGCCGCCUUCACAGCAACCAGGCGGUGGGCCACCUCAGUAUCAACCGCGUGACUACCAGGGACGUGGUGGAUAUCAGGGACGUGGCGGUCCACCUUCACAGCUUCCUGCUGGCGGGCCGCCUGAGUCUCAACCGCGUGGCUAUCAGGGCCGUGGUCGAUACCAGGGCCGUGGCGGCCCACCUUCACAGCAUUCUGGUGCGGGGCCACCACCUGGGUCUCAACCGCAUGACUACCAGGGACGUGGUGGUCCGCGUCCCAGAGGGGGAAUGCCGCAGCCAUACCGUGGCGGGCAUGUGGGAGGUAGUGUUGGACCAAGUGUUCCUUCAGGUCCAUCUAGACCAGUUCCCGAGCUGCACCAAGCCCCAGAUGUCCAACAUCAAGCCCCUGUGGUGGCAACACCAUCACCACCGGGAGCUGGCUCGUCCUCGCAGCCUAGGAAGGCCGAGGUGAGCACUGGACAAGUCCAGCAACAGCUUCAGCAACUUGCGAUUCAUGACCAAAGUUCAGCCAGCCAAGCUGGUCAGGUGGCACCAGCAUCAAGCAAAGCGGUUAGAUUCCCAUUGCGCCCUGGCAAGGAAAUGCAUGGGUCCAGGUGCAUCGUGAAGGCAAAUCAUUUCUUUGCUGAGCUGCCUAAUAAAGACCUUCACCAAUACGAUUUUUUAUAUGAGAUUUUUGAUAACCAGCCUAUUGCCAUCAGACACUCCCAUUUGGAUGGGCGUCUGCCUGCAUACGAUGGAAGGAAGAGUCUUUAUACAGCUGGAGCAUUGCCGUUUACUUCGAAGACAUUCGAAAUUACUCUGCAAGAUGAGGAAGACAGUCUUGGUGGAGGCCAAAGGCGCCAGAGGGUAUUUCGGGUGGUGAUCAAAUUUGCUGCUCGUGCUGAUCUCCACCAUCUGGCUAUGUUUCUAGCUGGGAGGCAACCAGAUGCUCCUCAAGAAGCUCUUCAAGUACUUGACAUUGUGCUACGUGAAUUGCCUACUGCCAGGUAUUGUCCUGUUGGUAGAUCAUUUUAUUCUCCCAACUUAGGGAGACGUCAGCAUCUUGGUGAUGGUUUGGAAACUUGGCGUGGUUUCUACCAAAGCAUAAGGCCCACACAGAUGGGUCUUUCUCUGAAUAUUGAUAUGUCCUCUACUGCAUUUAUUGAGCCCCUCCCUGUGAUUGAAUUUGUUGCUCAGCUUCUUAACAGAGAUAUCUCAGUUAGACCAUUGUCUGAUUCUGAUCGUGUGAAGAUUAAAAAAGCCCUACGAGGUGUGAAAGUCGAGGUCACACACCGUGGAAACAUGCGUAGGAAAUAUCGGAUAUCUGGCCUUACUUCACAGGCAACAAGGGAGUUAUCAUUCCCUAUUGAUGAUCAUGGUACUGUUAAGACUGUGGUGCAAUACUUCCUGGAGACUUAUGGCUUCAGUAUUCAGCACACCACUUUACCUUGCUUGCAAGUGGGCAAUCAGCAAAGACCAAAUUAUCUGCCUAUGGAGGUCUGUAAGAUAGUUGAGGGACAGCGUUACUCAAAACGGCUUAAUGAGAAACAGAUCACUGCUCUACUGAAGGUGACUUGCCAGCGUCCCCAUGAGCGUGAGAAAGACAUCUUGCAGACUGUUCAUCACAAUGCCUACUCUGAGGAUCCUUAUGCCCAGGAAUUUGGUAUAAGGAUUGAUGAGCGUCUUGCAUCCGUUGAAGCUCGUGUUCUGCCUCCCCCAAAGCUGAAAUACCAUGAUAGUGGCAAAGAGAGGGAUGUAUGGCCAAGAGUUGGCCAGUGGAAUAUGAUGAAUAAGAAAAUGGUCAAUGGUGGUAGAGUUAGCAGCUGGGCAUGCAUUAAUUUCUCACGAAAUGUGCAAGAUGGUGCUGCCAGGAGUUUCUGUCAUGAACUGGCUUUGAUGUGCCAAGUAUCAGGAAUGGAUUUUGCACUUGAACCUGUGCUGCCCCCUUGCUAUGCGAGGCCUGAACAUGUUGAAAGAGCAUUAAAGGGACGCUAUCAAGAUGCCAUGAACAUACUCAGGCCUCAGGGCCGAGAACUUGACUUGCUGAUUGUAAUACUGCCUGACAAUAAUGGUUCUCUUUACGGGGAUCUCAAAAGGAUCUGUGAGACUGAUCUUGGAUUGGUCUCCCAAUGCUGUCUGACUAAACAUGUUUUCAAGGCGAACAAGCAGCAGUAUCUUGCAAAUGUUGCCCUGAAAAUAAACGUGAAGGCUGGGGGAAGGAAUACGGUACUUGUUGAUGCUUUGACAAGGAGGAUCCCCCUUGUCAGUGACGUACCAACUAUUAUCUUUGGUGCUGAUGUGACCCAUCCCCAUCCUGGGGAAGAUUCUAGUCCUUCCAUUGCAGCUGUUGUUGCUUCUCAGGACUGGCCUGAGGUUACCAAGUAUGCAGGAUUAGUGAGUGCUCAAGCCCAUCGCCAAGAAUUGAUACAGGAUCUUUUCAAAGUAUAUCAAGAUCCCCAAAGGGGAUCUGUCUCUGGUGGCAUGGUCAGGGAACUUCUCAUUUCUUUCUGGCGGGCAACUGGACAGAAACCAAAGAGGAUCAUAUUCUACAGGGAUGGUGUCAGUGAGGGACAGUUCUACCAAGUUCUGUUGUAUGAACUUGAUGCCAUUAGAAGGGCCUGUGCAUCAUUGGAGUCGGAUUACCAGCCUCCGGUUACUUUUGUUGUGGUCCAGAAGCGUCAUCACACUAGGUUGUUUGCUAAUAAUCACAAUGACCCACGUGCUGUUGAUAAAAGUGGAAACAUACUGCCUGGUACUGUGGUGGACUCAAAGAUCUGCCAUCCAACUGAAUUUGAUUUCUACCUCUGUAGCCAUGCUGGCAUUCAGGGAACAAGCCGCCCUGCCCAUUAUCAUGUUCUGUGGGAUGAAAACAAAUUUACCGCUGAUGGGUUGCAAACUCUCACCAACAACCUGUGUUACACGUAUGCUAGGUGCACUCGCUCAGUAUCAAUCGUACCUCCCUGCGUACUAUGCUCACCUGGCAGCCUUCGAGCUCGCUUCUACAUGGAGCGGAUACCACUGACAGUGGGUCUAUGGUGGCGGUGCUACGCCAAGCCGUGGCCCUCCACCAGAGGCACGCAACACCAGGGCUGGUGUUGGGAAUGUUGCUGUGAGGCCAUUACCUGCCCUCAAGGAAAAUGUGAAGCGCGUCAUGUUCUACUGCUAAGAUUGACGCUGCGCUCAUGCUUUUACCUAAGGGAGUAUUUUUCCAAGUACCUGCACUGUUUUGGUGAUGCUGGCACACCGUUAUGCACCGCCGAAGUUAAUAAUCAGAGCUAUGAAUUGUAG